AUGACGUUUGGGUUACUAUUUGAAUUGGACAUCCCCGUGCAAUUUUCCUCCUCAAGUUCAACUUCCACUGUAACAAGAACAAGAGUUAAAGAACAUCGAGCAGCAACGAACAUCAUGGAUCACCCAGUCAAGGAUAUCAAGAGCGUGAUCCGCUCCCUUACCCAGGGCAACGCGGACGAGCAGGCACGGACGAUUUUCAAAUAUUUUGCGAAGGGCGCUUCUUUUACUCACCCGUUUUGUCGGGUGCCUUCUUUCAAAGAUAGACAGAUUCCUUUCACCAAUACCACGAACCUCGAUUCCAGAGCUUUCAUCAUUGCCAUCUACCGAUGGUACAAGCUCCUCUCCCCUCGCAUCUCCCUCUCCAUCACCUCCGUCGCCUUCGACCACAAGACCAACACCCUUUACGUUCGCCUCAACCAAGACUUCUCUAUCUGGUUCCUCCCCUUCCACAAUGCCCGCCGGGUAGAGCUCGUCUCUCUCCUCUCCCUCGAGGCCCGCUCUUCUUUCUCUUCCCAGCAACAACCCACCGUCAACGGCACAGCUACCAACCUCCUCGUCGAGCCCCUCCCCCAUCAUCCCCCCAGUGAAGCUUCUACCGACGGCGAGACACUCUAUGACGCUGCCUCUGAGACCCGCCAUCUCAUCCAGGAAGGGGAGAAGCCCUCCUUCAGCGAGGUCGCCGCAGGAGAGGCGUCUGCCCCCUCCAGCCCAAUCACCGUCCCUGUUGGAGCCAAUGGCGGCAAUAAGCUGCAAAAGUUGAAGCAGAGUGGCACCGCCAGCGGCAGUCAGGGUCAGAGUGGUCAGGGUGAUGUGAAGUACUACAUCACCCACCAGGAGGAUCUCUACCAGGUCACGGAGUUCCUCAAGUUCAUCUCCCUCGCCCCGGGAUCCAUGAUGUACGGCAUUUGGCAGGUAUGUGCCGCUGUCUUUUGCGUUUUUGGAGCAAUCCUUCUCGGCCCUUUGAUGCAGCUUGCCUAUGAGGCGGUGGGGAUCGGCAAGCAGAAGGGACGGGAGCUGAGACAGGAGGGAAGAGAGGUUAUGGAUCAAGGACGGGAGGUGGUGCAGCAGGGCAGGCAGGUUGUGGGUGGUGUUGUGGGUGACGCGAAGCAGGUUGUGAAUGGAGUUGUGGACGAUGCCAAAGGGGUGAUGAAUGGGGUUGUGGGAGAGGCGGGAAACUGGAUCAUGGAGGAGGUGGUUGGCCUGAAGGAUCAGGUUGGUAAGGCGGGUGAGAAGAUGGGCGAGAGGAUGCAGCAGGAUGGGAAGAGGUUGCAGGAGAAAGGGGAGAAGGUCAGAAAGGCGGAGAUUUGAAGGUGUAAAUGUUGAUGAAAAAAUGGUUAUGUUAGCAACUGAGGUCGAUACAACAAGGUCGUGUGAGGAAGCUAAGAGAGGGAAAAGCUAGGUACAGGAAGCAAAUGACCAAACCCUGCCCGGCUCGGAGCACCCUGGUUCAACCAGACUGGAACCCUAACCCUAGGCUUGGGAAACCAUGACAGGUGAGAUGUUGAGAUUGUGAUACGACUAGACAGCAUGAGUUAUGGUUUUCUAUACGUUUCUAUACGUUUGAUAGAUUAUUUCGUUUGGCUUUGUUUCUUGAUUCGGUUAAAAGUCUUUGAUGUUUUGUUUUUCUUUUCAACCUCAUGUUUUCAUGAUGGGUUGUCUGGCGUUUAGUUGUGGCGUCUGUGUCGCAUUACUCGUAUUGUAGAUCAAGAAUGAAAGUGUAAUUUUGUAUCAUGGAUUAUGUCCUCAGUCUUUUUUCCCAUCACUGACCGACG